CAGAAGCAGGAAAAUAUUUCAGCUCCUCAGUUCAGGAAAACAGAAACUGAUAGUAUUGUUGAGCUGUUGAGUGUUUGUGUCUCUCUGUAUUCAUGCAGUAAAAUGGCAGAAGCCAGGAUUUCUCAGGAUGAGUUCACAUGUCCAGUUUGUCUGGAUCUCCUGAAGGAUCCAGUGGCCAUUCCCUGUGGACACAGUUACUGUAUGUGCUGUAUUACAGACUGCUGGGAUCAGGAGGAUGAGAAGAGAGUCUACAGCUGUCCUCAGUGCAGACAGACCUUCAGUACAAGACCUGCUUUAGGUAAAAACACCAUUCUGGCUGAAAUGGUGGAGAAACUGAAGAAGACUAAACUUCCUGCUGACUGUUACGCUGGAGCUGGAGACGUGCAGUGUGACGUCUGUACUGGAAGAAAAUACAAAGCUGUCAAGUCCUGUCUGGUGUGUCUGGAGUCUUUCUGUCAGACUCAUUUUGACCGUCAUGAGGAAUAUCACUCUCGUAAACCACACAAAGUGAUUGAUGCCACUGGACGACUGCAGGACAUGAUCUGCCGUAAACAUGAUAAAGAGCUAGAAAUGUACUGUAUCACUGAUCAACAAUGCAUCUGUGUGUGGUGUAAAGAGUCUGAACAUAAAAACCACAACACUGUAUCAACUGCAGCACAGAGGACAGAGAAACAGAAACAGCUGAAGGAGACGCAGAUGAAGAUCCGUCAGAGAAUCCAGCAGAGACAGAAAGAUCUUCAGCAGCUGAGAGAGGCUGUGGAGUCUCAUAAGCGCUCUGCACAGACAGCAGUGGAGGACAGUGAGAGGAUCUUUACUGAGCUCAUCCGCUUCAUUGAGAGAAGCUGCUCUGAGGUCACACAGCUGAUCAGAGAUCAGGAAGAGGCUGCAGUGAGUCGAGCUGAAGGACAACUGGAGCGACUGGAGCAGGAGAUCAAUGAUCUGAAGAGGAGAGAUGCUGAGCUGGAGCAGCUUUCACACACACAUGAUCACAUCCAUUUCCUGCAGAGUUUCCAGUCUCUCUCAGCACCUCCUGAAUCUACAGACAAACCUGACGAUCCCUUCAGUUCUCUCUUCUCUUUUGAUGGCAUGAGAGAAUCAGUCCAUCAGCUGAGAGACAAACUGGAGGAUUUGUGCAAAGAGGAGAUCAAGAAGAUCUCUGACAGAGUCACAUUCACCAACAUGAAUCCCAAGACCAGGAACGACUUCCUACAGUAUUCCCAUCAGCUCACUCUGGAUGCAAACACAGCACAUAAACAGCUCUGUCUGUCUGAGAAGAACAUAGUGAUUACUAAAACUGACACAGUCCAGCCGUAUCCUGAUCAUCCAGACAGAUUUGAUUAUUAUUAUCAGGUGUUGAGUAGAGAGAGUGUGAGUGGAUGUUGUUACUGGGAGAUUGAGUGGAGUGGGAGUGUGUCUAUAUCAGUGUCAUAUAAGAGCAUCAGCAGGAAGGGAUCGGGUAUUGAGUGUGGAUUUGGAUAUAAUGAUCAGUCCUGGAGUUUGGACUGCUCUUCCUCCAGUUACUCAUUCUGGCUCAAUAACAUACACACUGAUCUCCCUGUAAAGUCCUUCAGUGGUAGAAUAGGAGUGUAUGUGGAUCACAGUGCAGGAACUCUGUCCUUCUACAGCGUCUCUGACACAAUGAACCUCAUCCACACAGUCCAGACCACAUUCACUCAGCCGCUCUAUCCUGGGUUUUGGGUUGAUUCUGGAUCAUCAGUGAAACUGUGUUGAUGAAUCAAAAAUUGAUUGUAGAAAGUACCUUUCAGUUAAAUGAUCAAACAUAGGGUUCAUUACAAAAUGAACAGAUUGAGGAUAGUGUGAUUUUGAAUAAUGAAAUAACAGAAACAGAUGUGAACAAUGUAAAGAGUGAAGAUGUGGAAAAUUACAUUAGUAGUGGAGAAAAUAGUGUUAAAAAAUCACAGUUCAAAAUGAGAAAAUUGUGCUGCAGAAGAUGAAAGAUGAAGCACUUUCUAAGAUUUCAGAUAUUGGGCCACAAGUGAUGGAAAACAUGAACUCUUUAAAAGAAUUGAAUGACUUUCUUGACUCAACGUUUAGUAAAAUUGUUGAUGUAAAAUAGUUCUCUCCAAAUAUGGACAAAUUUAGAGUAGUGUUGUUGUUGCAAAAAACAGUGAGCUCUGAAGUUUUAGAUAAAAAGAAAAUAUUCCAGCUGAAAAGAUGCUAAUGAAAUUAAGGAAAAUAAAAGUGCAAGUUCACAAAAAUAGUUAAUCUGCGCUUUUUCUUUUCUGUCUCGAUCUUUUUCUUGCUUCUCUAUAUAGGUGUUUGGAAAGUUGGAUCAUGGAUCAUUCAAUAUUAGUUUUUCUCAAUUGCUAACACACAACAAUACACCAUUUCCUCACAACUAGAAAUACAAUCUCAGAACUACACACCAACUUGUGCAAACCUCAAACUGUCACAUCAAAAUCAAAUAUUUUAGUCAAACUCAAAUUCUCUUUGGUCAGAAUAAAUCUUUGGCCUCAUAUGACACGCAAAACCUACAAAUACACAGACUACUUUUAUUACCAGUGAACACUAGUGAGAUCAAUUCAAUCAUACUGUAAUAGAUAUUAUAUACAUAAUCAUUUAUAAUUAAUUUACAUGAUUACAUUAGGUUACACCAACAAAAUUAUUUUUUAAUGGUCAGAUUAGUUUUGAAAUUUCCAAAAUUUCCAAACUGCAAAUUCCAAAUACAAUCUCUCACUGUCUCAAUGAAACCACAGCAAAAAUAGAAUAGAAUCUUUAUUUAUUGCUACAUGAUCUGGGCUGGUGCAAUUUGUUUUCUGCAACAUUUUCACAAUGUCAUCAUGAACUUAUUACAGGCCAAUUCAUUUGUAGUGGCUUGCACAAGAGCCCAAUAGAUCAUUGCUUUGGGGAUCAAACCAGCAACCUUCUGGUAAGCAGUCUUGAACAUUAACUACUACAAUACACCAGCUGUUUU